AUGUCUUCUGUAAAUGAGACUUCAGAAGUUGUGGGAUCUACUACGGAUUCUUUGUGGCUUAUUAUUGGAUUAACUGGUGCUGGUCUCCUUAUUCUUAUUCUCAUUGCGGUUAUCGUCGGGACGUACUAUUGCCUAGUGAGGCGACGUCAACGCACUGGAAGCAAUAGAUUUCUGCAGCAGACACGAUACCAUUCAAGAGAUAAUUCGCGCCCGACUACGCCAAGAGGCAGUGUAUCCUACCAGAUUCCCCCUUCACAGAAAGGCUUGCGGCGUCAAGGAUCGAUGGGAGUGGAAAACAACUCCAAUGUCUUUCUUGCCCCAAAUAUGGGGCCCGGGAGUGCACAGCGGCAAUUAAGCGCAUCGCGGAAAUGUUCGCAACAACAGCCUGGCAAUUAUUACUCGGCCAACGAGCAACCGCAGAAUGGGUGGCCGAAUUAUGUUCCUCAGGGAUAUGGUGCAGUACCUCAGCAACUGCCAAAUGAUCAAUGGGCCAUGAACGGUCCGUAUGCCUACCCAAAUCCCCUACACGAACGAGGUAUAUAUCAAAAUGAUAAUGAUAAUAGCGAAAACGUGGUGCCCAUGCAAAUUGUGCCCCCAGCUCAACCUCCAGUCUCUCAACAGCAGCAUCAGGAUGAUGAUGAUGAGAGUCAACCAAGGCUACAGCGGCGGAAUUCACGUGUUUCGUUUGUGGGAGUUUUUGAAGUGUAG